AUGGAACUAGUUAUGGAGAGCGUGAAGGAGAAGUGCAAGAGUGUUUGGGGGCGAUGCAAGCGAUGCAGAGGGGGAAGCAGACGACGUCGCAGCUCCAACAUAGUCUCCAUGGUUCGAGAAUCCUUGGGAAAGAAACAAAAUAAGAAGAAGCAGAUGGCUCCGGAGGGAUGCUUCUGGGUGUAUGUGGGACCCCAGAGAGAGAGAUUCUUGGUGAAGAUAGAGCUAGCUAAUCACCCAGUGUUCAAGGAGCUUCUGGAUGACGCAGAGAGCGAGUAUGGAUUCAGAAACGAUGGGCCUAUUAGGCUUCCUUGUGAUGUUAAUCUCUUCUGCGACGCUGUGGCGGAGAUGGAGAUAGAGAUGGAAGAAGAUAAGAUGAGUUCUGCGUCAUGGGCUUGCUCCUUUCAUCCUAAGAGUUAUCCAAACUCACUGAUGCACAGUCCUCUUUCCAAUCUUUCUAACCAUACUGGUACUGCGGAUUACGAGCUGUUAAGCCCCUGCAGAUUGUAUGUUUAG